UGGACUCUUAUUUUGAAAGGGCUAUGUCACACAUGCGCAAUGUUGUGGGAAGCUCGUGUGGUUACAGCAUGUUUCUUCGCUCCUGUCACUGGCUGCACAUGAUCUGACAUUACAGUUAGGGAAAAGUCAUGAACCCUAGUCCCACUCCGGGCUCUCCUGCACCCCUGACUCUCACCGGCAGCUUGCAGAGACUCUUCAGUCAUGUGAAAUAUGAGAAUUUGGUGGCAGGACUCAGUGGAGGGGUUGUGUCCACACUGGUUCUGCAUCCUCUGGAUCUGGUCAAAAUUAGGUUUGCAGUGAGUGAUGGGCUGGAUUUGAGACCUAAAUACAAUGGGAUUCUUCACUGUAUGAGAAGCGUCUGGCAUCAGGAUGGUCUUCGAGGACUUUAUCAAGGCGUCACCCCGAACAUCUGGGGUGCUGGAGCCUCGUGGGGGCUUUAUUUUUUCUUCUACAAUGCCAUAAAAGCAUACCUUAAAGAAAGAAGACAGACAGAGCUGAGCGCUGGAGAACAUCUGCUGUCGGCUGCAUCGGCGGGAGCUAUGACGCUUUGCCUGACCAACCCCAUCUGGGUGACCAAAACUCGCCUGGUCCUCCAGUACAACACAGAUCCAGCUAACAAGCAGUACAAGGGAAUGGUGGAUGCUCUUGUGAAAAUCUACCGCUAUGAAGGCAUCGCUGGACUCUAUCGGGGCUUCGUUCCGGGUUUGUUUGGAACCUCCCAUGGUGCACUGCAGUUCAUGGCAUAUGAAGAGCUGAAGAGAGAAUAUAACAAAUACAGAAAGAUGCAAUCAGAAACUAAACUGAACCCAUUAGAAUAUAUUACCAUGGCAGCUUUGUCCAAAAUAUUUGCAGUGGCUACGACGUACCCCUAUCAGGUCAUCCGGGCCCGCCUGCAAGAUCAGCACAAUAAAUAUGAUGGAGUAUGUGAUGUCAUGCGGAGAACAUGGAGAAACGAGGGCCUGUUGGGGUUUUAUAAAGGAAUGGUUCCCAACGUGAUCCGGGUCACUCCGGCCUGCUGCAUAACCUUUGUGGUCUAUGAGAACGUUUCCAGUUUCCUUCUGAAUCGGCACAAGUGAGACAACGUGACUAUUGAGGGACCAGAGCUUGGACCGAUCGUCCCGUCUGAGAUGAUGAUGAAUACGUUAACUCAAGGAGGAGUAAAAUGCAUUCAUGUCACAGGGUUUCGAAGUGUAAUGUUUGUAGUCUAACAGAAGUCACUGGUCCAGAAUCUGGUGCGUGGUGGUUUCCCCAAAAAUCGACCUUUAAGAAGAGGUGACAUUACUUCUAAAGUAAAUAUGGACAAUACACGAGUAAAGGAUUGUACAGUAAUGUGACUAUACUUUUAUGUGUCUGUAUAAAAGGGAAUUUAAUUAAAAAAGUUAAACAGUGUACAGGUAAAUUGUAUUAACUUGAUGAAUUCUGGUGUUUAGGGCUGGGCAAUACUUUGAAUAUUAUGGUGCUUUUUUGAAAAGAAGCAAAACCAGCAUUGAAAUUAUCCUGAAUCAGUUCAUGCUUGAAUCUGUUUCAAUUCUUUCAGUUCGAAACCUCUAGCAGUUCAAUUUUCUUUACUUAAUAUAGAUACAGACAUCUCUGCGCAAGUUUUGCAGGUGCUUUAGGCACAUACGUGAUCCUGGACCACAAAAUUAGUUAUAAGGGUCAAUU